UGGAAAUUCGCUGAUUUUGUCGCAAGAUGCCAAGGCUAAAGCCAGAGCGCCCAUCUGAUGUUUACGAUAAAAUACUUUUGGUUAUAAAAAUAUGCUCUCGAUUGCUUGGCGUUGACGUAACCUCCAAGGAUUUCAAAGUCAAUUCAAAAACUGCGUUUGUGAUGGUAGCUAUUUUCGCGUAUUAUCUUUGCUCUGUGUAUACGAUCAACAAAUAUAUUGCUACGGAUUGGACAGUGAUGUUGGAUGUCUUCUCACCUGUAAGCUGUAACGCUCAAGGUAUGGUGAAAUUGAUGUCGGCGUUGCUGUACGCAAAGCUUUAUCGUAAACUUGCUGUGCAACUUGGAGAAAUCUAUGAGAAAUACCAAGUAAUGGGCAGGAGAUACGAGGAAAAAUUGGUGCAAUGGAAUAGGAAUAUGAAAAGGAUUUUAAUUACAAUCGGAGUUGCUUAUUCGAUAACGGCGCUAAUAAUUGUAUGCACACCAGUGGUAUUGUAUAUCCUCAAAGGCGAACGGCACCAGGUAUUGUUAUGUGAAGUACCCGGUUUCGAUAUUAAUUCACCGCAUGGUUAUUGGGUUAAUAACGGCUUUAAUGCAAUGUGUGUUCUAAUAGCAGCCUUCGGAUUAUAUGCUGGAGACUUGUAUUUAUUUCUUUAUUUAACGCAUUCAAUAUUCUUUUUUGAUAUAUUCGAACUCAAAGUAAGUGACCUCCAUGAAGUGAUAGAACAGAAUACUCAUGAUAAGCGCAUAACCAAAAUGGUUGAUGACAUUGUGGAAUGGCAUCAAUUCUACUUAACGUAA